AUGAAAGUGGGGACUGUAAAGCGAAGCCUCUUAAUGGGCUCCCGUUUGCAUAAAAGCAACCUUGAGCAAAGUCGACAAGAGGAGCAGCACAGCAGAGGGCGCUUUAUCAUACAGGAGCCACUUCUCGGUUCAGGCGCCGCACGAUUCCUCUCGACCAAACUUUGGCGCUCGUCUUAUGUUUACAAGCGCAGGAAUGCGCAGUUCUCUCUCUACUACAGGGCAGGGGGCGUGGCUAAGGUAGGAGGGCGGAGCCUUUCCUGGGCAGGGUGCUGCUUUUGCACAGUAGCAAUGCAACAAGUGGCUGGGAGCUCGCUCGCUUGCUUUCCCCCGGUCUUUCACGUUGGCAAAGCCCCUCGGGCGAGGUAG